AUGGUAAGGCUGCAGAUUUCUUUUUUUUUCUUUCUUUUUCACUCUCGUUUGAUCGUUCUUUGCUUUUUGCCUCAAUCGACUUUCAUAUCUGGUCAUUCGUCCUUGUUUAUUAUAUUAUUAUCAGUAUUAGACUGGCGACGAGGUUUUUUUCACACUACUACUACUUUCUUCACAAAGUACCUCUUCAUCAGCCAUUUGAAGAUCAUUCACCGGUGUUGUGAUGAUACGUUGCUUGAUGAUGUUGCUGCUGCUGCUGAUGAUGAUGAUGAUGAUGGUAAUGAUGAUGAUGAUGAUGAUGAUGAUGAUGAUGAUGAUGAUGAUGAUGAUGAUGAUGAUUGGACACUGGACUUGACUGGACGGGUGACGAGUAUCGGACAACUGAAAAGAAAAAGCUCAGCCAAAAUAUCGGCGGAACCUCGUCCGGGUUCCCUUUCGUCAAAAAAAACGAGAUCAGGUCGGCUUGAUUCGGUAUUAGCCACCCCCCCGAACGAGUCAUUUUUCUGCCCGUUCGGCAAAAAUAACCCGUAUAACUCGUAA